AUGCCGAAAUUACCUCAUAAAUCAGGCGACUCACGGAGUGGAAAGCAAUCAAACGCCAGGCGAUUCGCCGGAGCGGAAUCGACGCCGCACACUGCCAAAUGCAAACAACGGUAUAAAUUAGACGAGUUCGCAGUUGGCGCGCUACGCGUCGCUGACCACCGACCACCGACCGACCUCAUGAGCUGCGGCGGCAUCAGAGAGAGGAAAGAAACGGAGACCGCCAAUGUGCUGUCCCUCAGUCGUCGAUGCUUGAAGAGGCAAGAGGAAGUACUGCGCCUCGUGUGGUCACUUCCACUUCCGUCGACUGGCAUAACGCCGGCCGAGCCAACAAACAUUGCUGAUGGAUCGGCCGGCCAGUCACUCAUUCGACCGUUCGAAACGCGGUGA